CGCACCAAACACUUAGUUGUACACACUUAACCAGCUGUCUACAUAAGUUUGGGUCUAUUUUUUUUUCUCGUUUCGCUUGCGGUUGUUUGUAUGUGUAGGCAUUUAGUUUGAAUAACGGCAUGUUGGCAACACACUGUUGCCAUAUGUGGGCACAUACAGACAUGCAAAUAUUGUACGAACGUGUCGGAGCAUGUCAACUUGUUGCUUGGUUGCCAAGUAAUGAUGUCAGUCUCCAUCGCAUUUGUUUGUUCGAUAAAUCAAAACAAAUUCUUUAGUGGAAAUAUUUUUAUAGAAAACGUUGACGUUUGCGGUGACGGCGAUAAUUUUCUCUAAGAAUAGACAUAAUUUAUAAUAUUUGAGUACAAAAUACGCUGAAUUUUUUCCAAAUUUUUUUAACAACCCACUUCAACAAGUGACGUCCACACGAAAAACUUCCGAACAACUUCCGUUUCAAAAAUGCCACCUAAGAAAGGUAAAGGUAAGGGCAAGAAAGGAAAGAAAGAGGAGAAGAAGGAUCCAAAUAAGUUGAACAAUGUGGAUCGCGCAUUCUGUGAACUCACCAUAACCGAUCUCAAUCAGAAGCUUGCACGUCUACGCACACACCUCGCUUCAUUGGAUGACAAUAAUGUUAACCUCAAGGAGAAAUUGCAUCAAAUUGAGGAGGAUCACACUGAUGUGGCGGCGCAUUUGGAGCGUACGCUCGGCGAACGCAACGAAACGAUACACGAGCUGGAAGAGCGUCUUACUGAGAUCAUCAAGAUACGCGAGGCAGAGAAUGUGCAAUCGGCAGAGAAAAUAAGAGAACUGGAGACCAAAUACAAGUCUAUGCAUGAUCAAUUGACCUCCGAAAUUAAGCUGCUGAACGGAAAAUUGAACUCGCUGGACGAAUUUCGCGUGCAACGUGAUCUAUUGCUCUCCAAAUUCGACGAUCAAGAGACGGAAUUGAAAGAGAAGGAGCGCGCACAUACCGAAAUGAUUUAUGCAAUGGAACAGAAAGCGGUCGUGGAGAAGGAUGCGCUAAAGAAAGAGGUGGAAACUAAGCUAUUACAGGUAUCAGAGGAUUUUACGCGCUCCAGCGAGAUACGUAACGCUGGCUAUACGCGUCGUUUAAUACGUGAGAAUAUCGCCUUGCAAAAGGAAAUCGACAUAUUGGUGCUGUCGCAGAUUAAAAUGCAACAACAAUUUAAUGAUCAAGUUGUGCGGCAUAAAGAAAUGGCCGAGCAAUAUGCGUCAAUGGAUCAGCUGAAAAAACAGCUGAUACGCAACUCACAGAAUAAGAUCAAGAUAAUCGAGAAGCUUACCGAUAACUAUGAAAAGCUCAAAUCCAAAUAUGUAGAGGUUGCUAAGUAUCGCAAGUUGUAUGAAACUGCGGUGAAGCGCGAUAUCUGCGAACGUUUCAACUUCAAGGAUAUGUCGAAGAAGAUGCGCCAUUUGGAACAACGCAUCGAAGAGCUGAAAAUGGAGAAGUCACGUUUUAUAGCGAUGCAUCAACAGCAUGAAACAGAGAUACAACGUCUGCGUGACAUCAUCAUACAGAUUAAGAGCACCGUACGUUCGGCCAUCGAUGCUAUAGAUAAACCGUGCGACAAACAGGCACUCAGAGAGAGUAUGUCGCAGGAUGCCUUACGUCAACUGCGUCGUCACGAUCUACUCACUGAGUUAAUGGAUAUUGUAAGCAGUCACUCCGAUAAGUUGCCACCGACACCCUCAGCUCUAUCGAUUUCACGUUCCACAUCCUCGGUUUAUCGUCCCGGCAAAAUGGGUUUCAUGCCGCGUAGCGCAUCUUCGCUAAUGGAAAUUUUCAAGCGUACCGCACAUAAAGCCGCCUCCGCAGAUGUUGUCGCCACCGAAUAUCAAAUACAACAGGUUGAGAGUAAAAUCAUACCGAAAGCACGUGAACUGGGCGGUGAAAAUUUAUUCGAUGUGGAAAUGGGUUCCACUUUAUAUGUUUCAUCCUCGCACGAAGCCAUCGAGACUGUCGUGCCGGUCGAGGAUGAGCAAGUGGAGGGUGAGGAUGAGGGCGAAUCGAGUAGCGCCGAUUAUGGCUCAUCGGCAGCACGCGCAAAACAAUCGGUCGUUACAACGCCGGCAGCUGAAGUUGAAGCGCCAAUGACUGGGCGACUAUCAAUGCGGGUAUCGCAACGUUCCGAAGCGGCUGAAACUGCGUCGCAGCGUGGUAGCGAAUCCGGCUCUCGUGUCAUUUACGAUGUGGAGUACGAUGAAGGGGAUGAGGAGUUUUCGAUUAACUUAUUCUACUGAAUAUAUGCAAAAAUAUUUUUUAUAUGUAAAUAUUUUGAUGUAAAAAAAUUAUUUAUUUUAUUUUUUAGUAAAUUUGUAAUAAACACAAAAACAGAAGAAACGCAAUAUAUUUAAUUUCUAUAU